UGGCUAUGAGCCCCCCGCGUUGCAACUUCGAUGGAGUCUUCUAUAGAGUGGUUUGCAUCACCCUGCUCGCUACAGCACUAGCUUUAACUGUCAUCCUGACUGAUGUCUUUGUAGAUCUAGAUGCUUUACUGGCAGGGAAAGGGAAAGUAUUACAACAAGCCAAAAACAAUGAAGACGAGUUCAAUAACGCAUUGAAGAUCGCGAAAGUGGAAAGUCAGAUGAAGGAAAAUCAGGAUGAUUAUAAACAGGAUGACGAUUACGCCGUUUAUAGAACCAAACGGUCUUUAGACUCAUCAACAUUUCAAUUCCACUUAAAGAAUCCAAAGAUGAAACAGAUACUAACAAACAGACUGAAUACGUUACUAGAAGAGCUCGACAUAGAAGAAACGACAAAAAGAGUAUUUAAAAAAAUAGCAGAAGAUAAAGUAGACAAUGAAAAUCACAUUGAAAUAAAUCAAGACUCGAAAGGUACAUAUAAAAAGGACGAAGACAUACUGCAUAUGACAUUGCACAAUAUUUUAUUGAAAGGACAUAUGGACAUGAAUGAAGUGUAUGGGAAAAUACAUACUUUGAUCGGCAGUUUUCUUAAAGGACAGUUUAAAAAACCCCUAACGAACGAGACUCCAGAAAAGAAAGCUAUUGCCAGGGAACAGAAACACUCCGUAAUACCUCCAAGACUAACUGAAGUUGAGGCAAAAUUUUUCGAAGAACUUGUGAAAUGUAAGGAGCUACAAAACCAAAUUCAAAAACAAAGCCUUGUAAAGACUACUACAGGUACCAGUGUUAUAAAAGAUACGACAGUUUUAAGGAAUGCUGGUUUAAAUGUGAAAAAUAAAGAAUCAGAAACAAUUAAGAUACAGAAAAGUAAAGAAAGCCCAAUGCUGAUCAAGACCGUAAUAGAUAUAACCACUGCCGAUACAGAGAAAGGAAACGACAUAUCAUCCUCCAACGAAAGCAGUGUAAAGGGAGUAAUAAAACUAUUCUACAAUGGCAAAUCAGUAAGAAUAUCACAAACGGACGAAGAAACCACAACCGUCGCUACUACAACGUCUGCUGAAAUCACGACAGUAGAACCAGACAUUGUACAAGAAAACGGAAGUAUAUUACUAACAGAAGCUUUAAUAGGCAAAGCACUAAAAGAAUAUGUAAAGAAACAUAAAAUAAUACACAGGACAACCAAAAAACGACCACAAUCUUCCGAAACACAAACCAAACGGUUAAAGAGAAACAUAAAGUUGAAAAUUAACAAUAAAUUGAACGGACACGAAGAAGUAACUCGAAGUCCUAAACCUAAUACUGAAAAGAAAGGCGACAAACCUAAAAAAGAGGACGAUGAAUUAUUUGUUGAAAUAGAAACUCACUUUGAUAGUAAAGGCAUAAAAGGUGAGAAGAAAAAGAAAUUAAUUCAAAAUAUUGUCGAAAAAAUCCAACGAGCUAUACAUUCUGAUCUGGAUGGUAUAGAAAGUAAAAAACAUGCACCUGCGGUAUCAGGGAAAUCUGGGCAUGUUUUAAAAAUAAAAAAACGAUUCCAGAAUCCUUUAACAAUAGAAGAAAACAAACUUAUGAACAAGCUUAUUGAGCCUUUAGAUAACAUUAUUAACCGUCAAAUGGAACCUAUUAGUAAAUCUGUAAGUUUGAGUGAAAGCAUGCCCAAAAUUUACUAUAAAUUGGGAGCAUCUUGGAAUAAAAAUAGAAAUGGACCUAGUUUUCUAUCUAGCACCAAAUCUAUAAACUCAGGCGAAGAGGGUGGGACGCAGUUAGAUUAUAACAAAGUAAUGAGAAAUAACGGAAUUCCACAAAGGCUGCAACAACCAUUAAAUAAUGAAGUAGUUGAUGAGAACGGCAAUGCUUAUUUUGACGUUGGCGAUCUAAAAUUUGUUAUCAAAGAAGUUGAUGGUACUGGAUUUUCUAUAGGUUUUAAUCAAUAUGUUGCUGAAGCACCCGAUCCUAAAAAUAUGAAUGUUUUCACUGGUUUACAACAAAUAUUAAAGACUUACGUAGAUUCCGGACGCUAUGAAAUUACUACUGAAGUUAAUGCAAAAGGUAUUCCGACAUAUAAAAGAAUAUACCACAGCAUUCACGACAAAAGCCAUGAAAUUGUGAAACGGAAUGUAGAAAGAGAAAUAAGGGCUGACUUUGAUGAUGAUGACCACGCUAAUGAAUAUCAAACGAUUUUUGACCAGAACUACUUACCAUACGACACUUAUCAAGAAAUUUUUGAAGACAGAAGAAAAAAGGUUACUUUUUCAGUACAAAGAGAAGGAACGAUAACAAAUAAAACCAUAACACCUAUAAAUAGUUACGAAUUAAACAAUUUGGGAUUACCAUUCGAAGUAUAUCAUUCUUACCAAAUGCCACUAAAAAGGAAUAAUACAAGAGAAUUAGUUAUCGAUGAUAAAAUAUUCGAGAAAAAAUUGAAUCCUUCACAAAUUUUCAUCUUAGCAAAUUUGCUUUCAAGAAAAAAACGAUCAUUAAGUAUGCACAAAAAUGUUAAGACAUUUACAAAGAAAGUAAGACCUGGAAUGAGUACUUACAUGAAUGAACAUCCAAUCAAUACAAAAGUGUUUUAUAAAAACAGGAAACGAAAUAAACGACAAAUAGAUAAAAUACGUAUAAUAGCCUCCGACGGAAUGCCUAACUUCCAAAAAAAUUCAGAUGAAAAUGUAUACGUAGUCACAUCAGGUGAAAACGUCUUAGCUGACAGAGCUAUUAGAGAUGAAAUGUCGGAACACGAACCAGUGAGCGAUUUCGAAAAACCAACACAGGAAAAAUUUGAAUACUUCGAUCCAUAUAGUGCUUACAAUUCACAAAAAAAUCCCUACGCUAAUAUUUUCGCAAGUAAAUCAAGACAUAACGUUUUAAUGUCCAAAUACCCUCAUAUUUUAAUGGAAGAACUAACGAGAUCUAAAGAAGACUAUAACGACAAGGAAUCACAAAUUACUUUGAGUAAAUAUAUGACAAAUAUCGGUGAUAUAAACUUGGAAAGCACCACGCCUAAGUUUACUACAUCUAUAGACGCGGCUGUAGCUCCAGUAGUGCAAGACCUUUCAGAAGCCUUAGUACCACAUCCUAAUUACAAAUUGACAGUCAAGAUUGUACCCAAGAAUGAAUCUGACCGUCACCCAGGUUUCAAAGAAAUACAUACGAGUAUAAAUAAGAGUGUUAAUAAGAAUGGAGUAGUGUUCUCAUCGCAAAUGAAUAUAUCAGAAAUAUCGAAAGUCGAAAAUUAUGAAAAGGAAAUGGGAUUGCUACAAUUAGGUAAUUUUUCAAAAACAAGCUCACCAUCGCCUUUGGUAAAGCAGUUGAAAGAACAACAAGAAAAAAUGAAAAAGAUCUUAAAACAACACACUUUAAAAAUCGACGAGCAACUUGAUCACUUAAAAAAAGAAAAACAAAAUAUAGAAAGUAUAAUUGUACCUGGAAAACCAGGCUUAAGAGACAUUGAUGAUAUAGACGUUUAUAUACCUUUAAAUCCACCACAAGUGCUACAUUUAAACAAAGUUGAAGCAAGGCAACUUAUAUCCUCCGCAAUAAUGAAAUUACACGAAAUACCUCAACUAAAUGACGUUGUCAACAAUACAUGCACUGAAGCGAAGAACGUGGAAGGAAUUGAAACCACUAUUACCAAAAGGAAAAACACUCCUACAACUACUACUACUACACCCCAACCGCCGAUCUCAACAACUACUCACUCAAGUAUGGAAAUGAGAACUACAACUCAUUAUAUCCCACAUAUGCCUAGUUACCACGUACCUAGAGUAGAUCCUGACAGGUUAAGGAUACUAAGAACAAUACAGAGAAACGAGAAUUUAACACAUGCAAUUUUGUCAAAGAUUGACAAAAAUACUGAUCUUUUGCAGACAUUUUUACAAAAGUUGACGGAAAAGAUAGACCCGGACAUAAAACGUGAGCAUAAACAUGAAGAGCCCAAAACUGACAAGACUAUUGAAUUUCCAACACAAGAAAGUCCUGUUAUGAAUAUCAUACCACAUCCCAAAAUGCAUAAUAUGCAUUAUCCAUAUCCAAAAGAAUGGGGCCGUCAAUAUGUCGACCCCAAUUUCUAUAGAAACAUGCAAAUGCACUUACAAAAUGGUCUACCAAACAGUAUGCAAAAUAUACCAAAUGGUUUACACAACAUACCAAACGGUUUACACAAUCUACCUAAUCUCCAAAAUUCUAUGUCAAAUGGUCUACAAAACAUACCAAAUGCACAAAUGCAUAAUAUACCUAUAAUGUCGAUGACAAAUUUACAAAAUUUGAAUGCAGAAGAAGGCAAAAAUGAUACAGAUACAUCUAUACCAUUCGUGUAUGCUUAUCCAAAUGCAUACCCAUUGGCAAAACCCAACAAUCCCCCAAUGGCAAGCGUAGUAUACCACGGACAUAUACAUCCAAAUGCAAUGAAAAAUUUGGUAAAAGAUGGACAUCCAAAAGAAAUACCACAUGUCAAGCAUUUAACCAAUAAACAAACAGAAUCAGCGAAUCAAACUAGAUUUUUCUUUGAUGAUAUGGAUCCAGUUGCAGUAGGAAUGAACUUGGGAGCGAUGAAUAGAAAUACUACGACAACAUGAAAUGAUACUGUUGUGGAUGUUAUGUUUUACAUAGGUAUAUCAUACAUAGAAAGGGCGUCGCAUUUAUCUUUAUACAAUGAAAUUAACCCUUCAUGAAAUUGACUCGAUUACCACAAAAAAAUAUUAAUCAAUUUUAUUCAUUUUCAUGAACAAAUUACGCUUCACCAAAA